AUGAAACUUCGGAAUCAUUUGUUAGUAGGAAUAUACGUGCGAAUAAGAAAAAGAAAGAAUAUACCUGUUAUUAAGAGAGAAGAAACACCACAUCAAACCCAUGAAAUCACGAUUAAGAGAGAGGAAUCGACACAUGAAACGAAUGAAAUCGCAGGAUCUUCACUUUUUAGUAGGAAUAUACCUUUUAUUAAGAGAGAAGAAACACCACAUCAAACCCAUGAAGUCACGAUUAAGAGAGAAGAAUCGACAUAUGAAAUGAAUGAAAUCGCAGGAUCUUCGCUUUUUAAUAGGAAUAUACAUGUGAUUAAAAGAGAAGAUGAAACUCAUGAAAUCACGAUUAAGAGAGAAGAAUCGAUACAUGAAACAAAUGAAAUCGCAGGAUCUUCGUUUUUCAGUAGGAAUAUACAUGCGAUUAAGAGAGAAGAAACACCACAUGAAACAAAUGAAACCACCGGGUCUUCGUCUUUUAAAAACGCGAUAUGA